UGAUUUCAGGCCUGAUCGCAUAUAAAAUGUGAAAGGAAGUAACUCCAAAAGGAGCGGGGCUGGUCCGACUAACAGAGCCAAGUCAGAGAGGAGAGUUCCUCAAAACAAAAACGAGGCAUCAUCAUUUCUCAGCUUCACUCUCUGAUUACAGACGAAACCCAGAGAAGCUCAACAGAAACCCGAACAUGUCAGUUUAUGGUGAAAUGAGUCUGUGGAGCUUCGUGUUCCUGCUGGCAGGUGCUGUGGGUCAAACUGUGAUCUAUCGUUUCACGUCUACCUGUGCUGUCAGAGGAUCCACUCUCACCCUCCCCUGCACCUUCACACCUCUGAAGUCUUUCAGUGAUGGUCGGAGAGAAGUUCCUCUAAAGAUCGUCAGAGUGCGCUGGUGUAAGAACCAUCCGAUCUGUCAUGGCAUCGUUCCGUCUGUGUAUGACAGUGACUCAGCAAACAACGAUCCUCGUUAUCAAUAUCUGGGAGACAAGAAGACAAACUGCACUUUACAGAUCAGAGAUGUUCAGCAGGGAGACCACGCAAGCUUUCGCUUCAGGAUGGAAGCUGAUCAUUAUGAAGGAUAUUUUACUAACAUGACAGGAGUGACUGUCAGAGUUGUUGAUUCGAGCAGAAUGAGAAUAAUCAGCUCCAGUGAAGAUGAAAAGUUGAGCAGAGGUGAAACCGUCACACUGCUCUGUGCUUCAGUCUGCACUUUCCACCAACUGGAGGUCACCUGGUUCAAAGAUGGCCACACCCUCUCAGACACUGGCCCCUCCCUCCGUCUCAGCCCUCUGACUGCAGAGGAUUCUGGGAACUACACCUGUGCUCUGAAGAGCAUCACGGAGACUCUCUCUGAGCCGCACAGCCUGCAGGUGGAGGCUGGAGCUGGUGGUAACCUUCCUCCGAUACCUGGUGUGGUGUUUGUUGUCCUGCUGGCUGUGAUCGCGCUCGUACUCUUCAUCAUCGAAAGGUACAAAUCAGUCUGAG